CCCGGUCUCGCAAAUUAAAUGGUCAUCUAGACAGCUAUGCAUCUCCCUCGCUAUGUGGUGAUGCGCUGCAUGGCGACCUGCCGCUUGAUCACCAGGACUGGCUGCGGGUCGGGGGCGAUGGAGGUCGGAGGAAACACCUGCCACAACUCCAAACCCUCGAUGCGCAGAGACGAGACGCGACGAUACCUAAACACAAACACACACACACAUACACACAGACUUCAGCGUCUUGGUCAUCCAAAAUUGCCUGCCGACAUACAUACCUGCCCUGUAGCCUGGCGGCGAACAGUGUGGGCACCUCCACUGUCAGCGCCCUCGACGUCUGCCAGGUCCAUUGACACCGCAGUCACACACACAUGCAUGUUGUGUCUCGUCUCUCUCUCUCUCUCUCUCUCGUGUGGAGCGGAGCUUACGUCAGCUAUCCGCAUGUAUUCGCUGAAGCCGAAGGUGUCAUCUGACGGCUGCUCGAACGCACGCUUCGUCACCUGCGUUGGCCACACCAGCACAGAUGCCAUGCCGCGCCACAUCGAUCGCAAAACCGUCUGUGUGUGCGACACCUUAUUUACCUUCAUUUCCCUGAUGGUCCCGCCAGGCAUGUCAAUGGUGAGUAUGUUGGGGUUGGACUCGCUCCACCUCGUCGGGUACCCGCUCACCUCACCAAUCGGCAGCACACCCCCACCCCCACUCUCAAUGCAGUACCGCCGGGCACUCUCCGUGUUGCCCCACACAAAUGCUCGAUCCAUCACCACACCGCUCCCCCUCUCAAUGUAACGCACAGGAAAGACGAUCGUCCGGUUGAGAAGCUUCUCGGCGUCUGACAGCAGGUGGGGCGGGUCGACCUUCGAAGGGCCCUCUGGCGCGGUGACGGAUACGACGGACUCCCGCCGCUCCCACUUGCCGAGCCAAGAAGCUGGGUAGUAGACAUCUGGCGGGCCCAGUCCUGGGAGGCCUGCGAAACAAACGUAGCACAUGCGUCAUACGCGGGCCAAACGUGGUCAUUCCUGCCAGAUGCGGCCUUCCGGAUGCCUUCACUGAUGCCCUCGGCCUGCAGAAAGCAGAGCAGACAGCCGUGCAGUGCAUGCGACGCAGAGCGUGUUUGGUGAGAGGUGUGUGCGUACCCACCUGUGAUGGUAGUGGUGCAGCGAGGAGUGCUGCUGCUGCUGUGUGUGGGAGUACAGCUGCGACGCGACUGAGGUAAGCCAGCUGCUGCCGCCUGCUCGCCUGCAGGCACAAGAGACAGACAGACAGACAGAGGCCACACCACAUAACAUGCAU